AUGGCUCCAACACUUCUCCAUACCAUGAUCCGAGUUGGUAACUUGGAAAAGUCUAUCAACUUUUAUUGUAAUAUUUUCGGAAUGAAGGAAAAGAGAAGAAGUGAUUAUCCUGAAGGUAAAUUUACUCUUGCCUUCAUUGGAUAUGAAAAUGAUGCUCAUGAAAUUGAAUUGACUUAUAAUUAUGGUGUUGAAAAGUAUGAUAUUGGUACUGGAUUCGGACAUUUGGCUAUUGGUGUUGAGGAUAUUUACUCUGUUGUUGAACAAGUUAGAGAAUGUGGUUGUAAGGUUACAAGAGAACCAGGUCCAAUGAAGCACGGCACUACUGUUAUUGCCUUUGUUGAAGAUCCUGAUGGAUACAAGGUCGAACUCAUUGAACGUAAAACAAUGAUUUAA